GCCCUCCGCUCCGCUCUCCCCUCCGCUCCUCACUUCUCGGCUCUCCGUUUUGCUUAAAGGAUUUGGUUCAAGAAGUUGUAGUAUUAGUCUAUUUGUUUUACUCGCCCCGUUGUGAUGGCUUCUCCUCGCGGUUUGACAGGGAAGGAUUCCGGCGUCUCUGAGCGAGAGGUCCAGAGGUUUGGCCAAACUGGUUCCAAGGAUCACAGAGUCCAAGUAUCGAGCCUUCCCUUCAGCGUUGAGGCGCUCAUGUCCGAUAGGAAGCCUCACAGAGGCGGGUCACCCCCCUCUCCGUUGGACGGGGCGGGCGGCGGCGCUUCCUCACAGGAACUGCACUCUAACUCGGCGGCCAGAGAGACUCACAGCCCCGUUGACUCCUGUUGCUCGAUUGAGGGUUUUAUAAAAACUUACGAAAGUUCCCCCGUGAAAUCUGAAAGCUGUAACGAAGAAGACUGCGCGCCCUGGGUCACAAAUUCAACUUACUCAACGCCUGCAAAUAGACAUACCAGCCCCACGUCCUGCACAUUGAGAAAGCACAAAACCAACAGGAAACCAAGAACGCCUUUUACCACCUCUCAGCUGCUGGCUCUGGAGCGCAAGUUCCGACAGAAGCAAUACCUCUCGAUCGCCGAGAGAGCAGAGUUCUCCAGCUCCCUCAACCUGACGGAAACACAGGUUAAGAUCUGGUUCCAGAACCGCAGGGCCAAAGCCAAGAGACUUCAAGAGGCCGAAUUGGAGAAGUUCAAAAUGGCAGCUAAGCCCAUGCUGCCCCCGGGACUCAGUCUAACUUUCCCCAUGAAUUCUCCAGUUCACGGGGCUUCACUUUAUGGCCAUUCCUAUCCUUUUCAUAGACCAAUGCUCCCCGUUCCCCCCGUAGGACUCUAUGCUACUCCUAUUGGAUACAGCAUGUACCAUUUAUCUUGAGAAACAAAACAUCUGAUUGAAAGACUCCCCAAACUUUCAAAAAUAUAUCUGAAACGACGCCAGAACAUUCUUUUAACAUUCUUGAUCGCUAUCCCUUUGAAAGGGAACGUUAUGUACUAUUAUAUAUAUAUAUAU